CUUCACACAGGCAGGCAGGCAGGCCAUCCCCUGGCUGCCACAGCUGCUGUGCCGGUUGGGCCUGCCCUUAGAAAAGAGACAACCCAAAACUGCCCCCUCAACACACAGACACACUGAAAAGGAAGCAGGCAAGUAGAGUCUGUCUUUCUGUUUCUAUCUCUCUAUCAUAUAACAACUACAGGACCAUCACUUUAACCUUCUGGAAUAUUCCUUCAUAUUUAAGUAGAGAGGACCAGAGAAGAACUGUCUCACAAAAUAAACAAACUUGGACACAAUAAUCAUUAGCCCGACUUCUGCCGGCCCAGCAGUACCUCCAUCUCCCCAGAGACUCCUCUUCCUCUCACACAGACAGACAGACAGACCCAUCCAGCCAGGUAAUCUGUGUCUUCUCCUCACCUGGUUUAGUGCCGGCCUAGUUAGGUGUCCAGUAUCUAGUUAGGUGUCCCUUAUCUAGUUAGGUGUCCAGUAUCUAGUUAGGUGUCCAGUAUCUAGUUAGGUGUCCAGUAUCUAGUUAGGUGUCCAGUAUCUAGUUAGGUGUCCAGUAUCUAGUUAGGUGUCCAGUAUCUAGUUAGGUGUCCAGUAUCUAGUUAGGUGUCCAGUAUCUAGUUAGGUGUCUAGUAUCUCUUGGUCCAGCCCUGCUACCCAGUGCUCCAGUCUCUGCAGCCUAUACCCAGGCCCCUCCAGACCAGGCUUUCUCAGGUCCAGGUAUCCUUGCCAGGCCUACCGCCUAACCACCUCCAGAUAAGCCUUCGUGGCCUCCAUUCCUCUAGCCAGGUAGGCCCGCCAACCCCAGUACUCCAGUCUUGCUGCUCCACCCAGGCUCUUCCAGUCCAGGUCCAGCUAUCGCUGUCCGGCCCGGCCAUGGUUCUGUGUGAGGACAGGGAGUGUGGGGUGUGUUAUCAGCCCUACUCCCGUCAGGAUCGGAUCCCCCGCGUGCUCCACUGUAGACACACCUUCUGUGCCACCUGCUUAGAGACCAUGUCCCAGCCCAAGAGUGACAUGGUCACCGUGUGCUGCCCGCUGUGCCGCCAGACCACCUGUGUAGGGCGCGGCCUCAGCCUUCAGGAGGCGCUGUGGGUCAACUCACGCCUCUGGGAAUACAUACCUGAGAGCAAAGAAGAGGAGGAGGAGGUGAAGGAAGAAGAGGAGGAGGAGGAGGGGAAGGAAGAAGAGGAGGAGGAGAGAGUGGAGGCUAACAGACAGACACAGGCCUCCUCACAGGCAGAAUGCCCUACGUCGAAGCGCUCUAGAAAAAUGCUGAAAUUUCCGGCCUUCCUCAGGAAAUUCAGUCUGACAAAACCACAGCAUCAAGAGAGUCUUGUGCCUGGUUGUGGCAACGUGGAGAUGAAAUCCUGGCGCAGGCUUCCAACUGCUGACACUUUUUAGGUCUCUCACGCGCUAGACGCAGGGAUGUACGUGUACUGUAUAAACAAUGGAGUGUUUACAGUUCCUCUCUGAUAUAAUAAUCUGCAUCUUUUGAACAAUGACGUGUAGAUUACCAGUUGACACCCACAGUCAACGGGCAACACUGUUAAAGAACAGCUCAGAGACAGUUGGGUCUGUAUCCAAUAUGGCACCCUAGUCCAUACAGGCUCUGGUUAAAAGUAAUGCACUAUAUAGGGAAUAGGGCUCUGGUUAAAAGUAGUGCACUAUAUAGGGAAUAGGGCUCUGGUCUAAAGUAGUGCGCUAUAUAGGGAAUAGGGCCCUGGUCUAAAGUAGUGCACUAUAUAGGGAAUAGGGUGGCGUUUGGGACGUACGUUGUGCGUACCAUGUGUGUAUUGACUCUGACAAGAUAGCCUUCAUUGUUGAGAAGCAGUGAAACCGCCCCCAGUGGUCCUGUCUUCUUCCCCAUUGGUUAUUUUAGCCUUAAUUCCCCACAGCUGGUGCAGUGGGAUUUGGUUCAGCUGUCUCUAGGACAGACGUCCCAGUGGAAGCCAGGGUACCCCCUCCAACCACUCCCUCCUGCUGCCCCCCCCCUCCUCUUAACAGAUGGCCUCCCGAGGAUGACCCCCCCUCCACCCUCCUCCUUCCCCAGUGUCUGCAAACAGAGCGUUUAAUUUAUUAUCAGCUAUUGCAUUCACGUCAAUUUUAAAAAAAUAUAUUAUCUUUCAUAAUAAAAAAAUCCAUUUGAAAAUAUGAAA